AUGGAACGAGCACUCUGCCUCUCUCUCCUCCUCCUCUUCAUGGCGGCGGUAGCGACGGUGACUGGCGGCGGGGAACACAACCUCACUGCAGGCGGGCUGUCAUGGUCCCCUGCCAUGGAGGAGCCCGAUCUGCCCCGGGCGGCGGAUGACUUCGACUCUGACGGCGGGUUUUCCUCACUCGACGGCAUGCUGCAGUGGGCUAUCAGUCAUUCUGAUCCUGAAAAGUUAAAGGAAUCAGCAGAGACUCAGCAACACCUUUCACCAAUGGAGUUACAGAAACGUCAAUUGGAGAUCAAGGAAAUUAUGGAGAAAAUAAAGAUGCCUUCUGAUGCUGAAUUGAUGAAAGUCGCUAUAGGUGACUUGAAUAAUCUGUCUACAUCCCUGGAAGAUAGGUAUCGUGCUUUAGAGGAGCUUCUUGAGCUUGUUGAGUCGAUAGAUAAUGCAAAUGGUAGGUGUAUAUUCCAUAACGCUUACUCGAGAAUACAAAUGGGAGACCCUGCCAUUGAUUUUACCCGUGUUUAA